AUCCCUUCAUCUGUCUGUCCCUUCAGAGAGGGGGAGGGGGGUACCCGAGCCAGACAGCAGCCCCUCCCUCCCCCUGUCCUGCGUCUCUCGCCCCUCUCCUGGGCGGGGGGAGGCCAGGGUCGCGCGGGUCCCCAUGGCUGGGGGCUGAGGGCCCGCCCCCCCUCCUCCCCAGCCGCCGCCGCCACCUCCACCUCCACUUCCCUCCCAUCACCACCGACAAGAUGCCUGCCCCUGGAGCCUUCCUCUUCCUCGCGGCCGUCUCCGCCUCCGGCUGCCUGGCGUCCCCGGCCCACCCCGAUGGAUUCGCCCUGGGCCGGGCCCCUCUGGCUCCUCCCUACGCCGUGGUCCUCAUUUCCUGCUCCGGUCUGCUGGCCUUCAUCUUCCUCCUCCUCACCUGUCUGUGCUGCAAACGGGGCGAUGUGGGCUUUAAGGAGUUUGAGAACCCCGAAGGGGAGGAUUGCUCCGGGGAGUACACUCCCCCAGCAGAGGAGACCUCCUCCUCCCAGUCGCUGCCUGAUGUCUACAUUCUCCCGCUGGCCGAGGUCUCCCUGCCCAUGCCUGCGCCGCAGCCUUCACAUUCAGACAUGACCACCCCCAUAGGCCUUAGCCGCCAGCACCUCAGCUACCUGCAAGAGAUUGGGAGCGGCUGGUUCGGGAAGGUGAUCCUGGGGGAGAUUUUCUCAGACUACACCCCAGCCCAGGUGGUGGUGAAGGAGCUGCGGGCCAGCGCGGGGCCGCUGGAGCAGCGCAAGUUCAUCUCGGAGGCUCAGCCCUACAGAAGCCUGCAGCACCCCAACGUCCUGCAGUGCCUGGGCGUCUGCGUGGAGACCCUGCCUUUCCUGCUGAUCAUGGAGUUCUGUCAGCUGGGGGACCUGAAGCGCUACCUCCGCGCCCAGCGGCCCCCCGAGGGCGUGUCCCCGGAGCUGCCCCCGCGCGACCUGCGGACGCUGCAGCGGAUGGGCCUGGAGAUCGCGCGGGGGCUGGCGCACCUGCACUCCCACAACUACGUGCACAGCGACCUGGCCCUGCGCAACUGCCUGCUGACCUCUGACCUCACCGUGCGCAUCGGCGACUACGGGCUGGCCCACAGCAACUACAAGGAGGACUACUACCUGACCCCCGAGCGCCUGUGGAUCCCGCUGCGCUGGGCGGCGCCCGAGCUGCUGGGCGAGCUGCACGGCUCCUUCAUGGUGGUGGACCAGAGCCGCGAGAGCAACAUCUGGUCCCUGGGGGUGACGCUGUGGGAGCUGUUUGAGUUUGGGGCGCAGCCCUACCGCCACCUGUCCGACGAGGAGGUCCUGGCCUUCGUGGUCCGCCAGCAGCACGUCAAGCUGGCCCGGCCCCGGCUCAAGCUGCCCUACGGGGACUACUGGUACGACAUCCUGCAGUCCUGCUGGCGGCCGCCCGCCCAGCGCCCCUCGGCCUCGGACCUGCAGCUGCAGCUCACCUACCUGCUGUCCGAGCGGCCCCCGCGGCCCCCGCCGCCCCCGCCCCCGCCCCGGGACGGCCCGUUCCCCUGGCCCUGGCCCGCCACCCACAGCGCGCCCCGCCCGGGCACCCUGUCCUCGCCGUUCCCGCUGCUGGACGGCUUCCCGGGCGCCGACCCCGACGACGUGCUGACCGUCACGGAGAGCAGCCGCGGCCUCAACCUGGAGUGCCUGUGGGAGAAGGCGCGGCGCGGCGCCGGCCGGGGCGGCGCGGCCUGGCAGCCCGCCUCCGCGCCCCCCGCGCCCCGCGCCGCCCCCGCCAACCCCUUCUACGAGGCGCUGUCCACGCCCAGCGUGCUGCCCGUCAUCAGCGCCCGCAGCCCCUCCGUGGGCAGCGAGUACUACAUCCGCCUGGAGGAGCACGGCUCCCCGCCCGAGCCCCUCUUCCCCAGCGACUGGGACCCCCUGGACGCGGGCGCGCCGGCCGCCCCGGCCCCCCAGCCGCCCUCCGAGGUGCCCCAGCUGGUGUCCGAGACCUGGGCCUCCCCCCUCUUCCCGGCGCCCCGGCCCUUCCCGGCCCAGGCCGCGGCCGGGGGCUUCCUCCUGAGCGGCUGGGACCCCGAGGGCCGGGGCGCGGGGGAGACCCUGGCGGGGGACCCUGCCGAGGUGCUGGGGGAGCGGGGGGCCGCGUGGGCCGAGGAGGAGGAAGAGGAGGAGGAGGAGGAGGAGGAGGGCAGCUCCCCGGGGGAGGACAGCAGCAGCCUGGGGGGCCCGGGCCGCCGCAGCCAGCUGCCCUGCCCGCUGUGCAGCCGGGAGGGCGCCUGCUCCUGCCUGCCGCUGGAGCGCGGCGAGGCGGUGGCCGGCUGGGGGGGCCACCCCGCGCUGGGCUGUCCCCACCCCCCGGAGGACGACUCGUCCCUGAGGGCCGAGCGGGGCUCCCUGGCCGACCUGCCGCUGGCCCCCCCCUCCUCGGCCCCCCCCGAGUUCCUGGACCCCCUCAUGGGGGCCGCGGCGCCCCAGUACCCCGGGCGGGGGCCGCCCCCCGCUCCCCCCCCCCCGCCGCCGCCUCCCCGGGCCCCCGCGGACCCCGCCGCGUCCCCAGACCCCCCUUCGGCCGUGGCCAGCCCCGGCUCAGGCCUGUCGUCCCCGGGCCCCAAGCCGGGCGACAGCGGCUACGAGACCGAGACCCCUUUUUCCCCCGAGGGAGCCUUCCCCGGUGGGGGGGCGGCCGAGGAGGAAGGGGUCCCUCGGCCGCGGGCUCCCCCCGAGCCCCCCGACCCGGGAGCGCCCCGGCCGCCCCCAGACCCGGGUCCCCUCCCGCCGCCGGGGGCCCGGGAGAAGCCGGCCUUCGUAGUCCAAGUGAGCACCGAGCAGCUGCUGAUGUCGCUGCGGGAGAACGUGACGCGGAACCUCCUGGGGCCCCGGAGAGCGGGCAGAGGCCCCGGGAGCCCGGAGACAGCCCGGGGCCCCAGCAGCGCGGACCCGAGCCUGCCCGUGAGCGGGGCGACAGUGCUGGAGAACGGGGCGCAGACGCCCCCCGGCACCCGGGAGAAGGUGGCCGAGAACGGGGGCCCGGAGCUCCCGGGGAGCGAGGAGACGGCGCUGGAGAAUGGGGAGCUGACGCCCCCAAGGAGGGCGGCGGAGACGGCGCUGGAGAAUGGGGAGCCGAGGUCCCCGGAGAGAGGAGAGACAGCGCUGGUGAAUGGGGGGCCGACGCCCCCAAAGACGGAGGAGACGGUGUCAGAGAAUGGGGGCCCGAGACCCCCCAGGGACCCCGAGAGGCCGCCGGAGACUGGGCCUCGGAGAGCCCCGGGGCCCUGGGAGAAGGAGCCGGAGAGAGCCCCCCCGCCCGGCCCGGCCCCCAGGAGCGCGGCGGCGGAGCCGGGGACCACGAGGAGAGCCCCCGAGACUGGGGGGGCGCCGAGAGCCCCCGGGGCUGGGAGGCCGGACCUCGGGAGUGGGGCCCGAGCCCCAGCGGGCACGGGGACGGGCCCCGGCGGAGGCCUCGGAAGCGGCGCGGACGCAAAGGCAGGGCGGGCCGGCAGCUCGAGGCCGCCGCCGCCCCCGAGGGAGGCCCCGGCGAGGAGGCCGGAGCCCGCGCCCCCGAAGGCCAGGCCGGAGGCGGCCCCCGAGGGCGAGGCCGGGGCGCCCGGCAGCCGGCCCGGAGGAGACCUGGCACCCAGCGCAGACGGGGACCCCCCCAAGCCCGAGAGGAAGGGCCCCGAGAUGCCGCGGCUGUUCUUGGACUUGGGACCCCCUCAGGGGAACAGCGAGCAGAUCAAAGCCAAGCUCUCCCGGCUCUCGCUGGCGCUGCCGCCGCUCACGCUUACGCCGUUCCCGGGCCCGGGCCCGCGGCGGGCCCCGUGGGAGGCCGCGGACGGCGGGGCGGCUGGCGGGGAGGCCGGCGGGGCGGGGUCGCCGGGGCCGGCGGAGGAGGACGGGGAGGACGAGGACGAGGAGGAGGAGGAGGAGGAGGACGAGGCGGCGGGCGUGGCGGCGGGGCCGCGGGGCCCCGGGAGGUCCCGGGCAGCCCCGGUGCCGGUCGUGGUGAGCAACUCCGACGGGGACGCGGCCCGCCCGUUGCGGGGGCUGCUCAAGUCGCCGCGCGGGGCCGACGAGUCCGAGGACAGCGAGCUGGAGAGGAAGCGCAAGAUGGUCUCCUUCCACGGGGACGUGACGGUCUACCUCUUCGACCAGGAGACGCCGACCAACGAGCUGAGCGUCCAGGGGCCCCCCGAGGGGGACUCGGACCCGUCCACGCCGCCAGCGCCCCCGACGCCUCCCCACCCCGCCACCCCCGGAGAUGGGUUUCCCAGCAACGACAGCGGCUUUGGAGGCAGUUUCGAAUGGGCGGAGGAUUUCCCCCUCCUCCCCCCGCCAGGGCCCCCCCUGUGCUUCUCCCGCUUCUCCGUCUCGCCUGCGCUGGAGACCCCGGGGCCCCCCACGCGGGCCCCCGACGCCAGGCCCGCAGGCCCUGUGGAGAACUGACCCCCCAAAGACCCGACCCCCCUGCGCCCCCAGAAGAGGGGUUGAGGAUGGAAACCUCUGUGGACGACGGAGCCACUGCCACCACCACAGACGCCGCCUCUGGGGGGGCCCCUGAGGCCGGGCCCUCCCCCUCCCCCACCGCGUG